UAAAUAUUUCUUCAAAAGCCAGUCAGAGAAAGUAUACAGAUGUAGUUCGGCAAAUACCCUCCUGAAUCGGAACCUUUUUUUCUGUAAGGUGACCAGGAUCUCGGCUGUAAAGAGAAUCAUGUCCAGAUUUUUACUGUUCAUCUGUAUAGCGUUGGCUUGCGUUACAAACAGCAAUUCUAAGCAGCUACCAUUUUUACUGACUGGUCAAGUUGCAUAUGAAGGGAAGGCAGAGGGAGGAAAGGGCGUGCUAUUGGGUGACGGCUUGGCACAUAUGGCGCCUCACUUUAUGAAGGGAGGGGUUGAUGUCGUCUCUCCAGAAAAAGAGACAGAUUUCCAUGGAGAAGGGGCAGAUAAGCAGGCCGAGAUUGAACAAGAGGCAGUUGAGUUGGACGCCUCUACCCCACUGCACAGACGUCGCAAGCGCGUCAUCACGACGACCACGUGGCGCCUCUGGACGGGUGGAAUAGUACCCUAUGCAAUAACUUCAUCUGUGCCAACAGAGGGCAAGGUCGUCAUUCAGUCGUCUAUGAGGCUGAUUGAAGAAAACACGUGUAUCAAAUUUUACGACAUCAACUCCCAGAGUUCCGAAUUCAGUGUUACUCAUCAAUCGUAUCUUAACUUCAUCAAAUCUUCUGGGUGCUGGUCGUACAUUGGCCGAGCCAAAUCAGGGGAACAGGACAUCUCAGCGUGCAAACAAGAGAAAACCGCCCUGCAUGAAGUCCUCCACGCGUUGGGUGUGUUUCACGAGCAGAGUCAUCGUGACCGAGACAACUACAUUCACGUCAAGUACGGGAACAUCAUAGAAGGGAAGGAGCGGAACUUCGAAAAGGUUACUGAAUCCGACAAGCUUCAUGGAACAUAUUCAGCUGACUCCAUCAUGCACUACGAAUCGCACAGCGCCUCGUCAAAUGGCUUCCGAACCAUUGUCCCCAUCGUGGAUUACCUGUCGUUCGGGGACAGCGAUAAGUACUGGAACAGCCUGAGAGAAGUGAACACAGUCUACAAUUGUACAGCCGGCUGUGACCUUUCGUGCCACAACGACGGAUUCCCCAUUGUGCACGACACCAACUGCGUGUGCCACUGCAUCGAUGGACUGGACCCCGGGACACAGUGUGGAGACUUCUUAAGCACGGUACACGGCGUCUUCGUAGACUUGACCCUGGAGACUCAGACAGCCGCCUUCGAACUCACCAACCCGCAACUUGGCUCAACGUAUCAGUGGAUUGUCAGGAGCCCGCCUGGUUCCAAGAUUGCUCUGGACUUCCUGCAGCUGGAGGUGGCGGGGACCCGCGAAGGCUGCACAUCCAUACUCACCCUCAACCCCGGCCAUCCCACAGUUACUGGAAAAGUAUUAUGCGGCUAUGGAUAUGAGAAAACCGUAAUAUCGGAGAUCAACUCUAUUAUCUUGACCUUGACUACCAAUUCAGCGUCGGACAAGCUCCAGGCGUCGGUCAGACUUCUACAGGCGGAGAAAUACUGCUAUAGUGUUAAAGACAAAGGCGAGACCUACAACGGAGAGGUGAACAGAGCGGAAGAUAAUUCUGCUUGUCUGAAGUGGACGGAUGCCAUUGGGUGUGACUUCAGUCCCUUUGAGAUGAGUGUUCUCCCAGCUGAUUACUCGGGGAACGCGUGCCGAAACCCUGGGAGAACCCACGCCCGUCCCUGGUGCUACACUGGUAGAAGCUUGACCGGCUGUGACAUCAAAUACUGCGACGCAUGCAGCUUCGGGCGGGUCUUCGACACCUUUGACGACUGUUCCGAUCUUUUGGCUGCAAAUCCUGGAUACUGUUCCACACCUGAGGGCCAGCAUGGGUGUCGCCUCACCUGUAAUAUACCACCAAUUACAGUCACAAGUGCCGCUUCGUGUGAACCGCCGAAUCCCAUCGCCGGAAGUAGUAUAAUUGAAGACCUCGCCAGCUCCUACGAGAUCGGAAGUAAAGUGACCUACAAGUGUGACAGCAGCAGCUACACCAGGCCCCGAUACUGCCUCUCCACAGGCCAGUGGUCAGCCCUGAACACAGUUUGUAGUGGACGGUUGGAGGACAGUAACCCUGACUGUGUAAGUCUCUCCACGGGAACGACCUACUGUCAGACAGAAGAUGGACAGAGGAACUGUGGCCUUACCUGCCAUCUAGCAACGACAUGUGCGGUGCCAACCCCACCGUCAGAAAACCACGUUGAAGUAUUGACUGGUCAAAGCGGCUUGACCGUUGGCGGGACAGCCGUGUUCCGAUGUUCUGAUGACUAUGUUGUCCUGUCCGGGGACACCAGGAGGGUGUGUAACAGUGAUGGCACGCUCUCCGGGACGAUGCUCCGUUGUGGAGAUGGUACGCUUCGGACUGAGGUGUCAUGUGUCGUCCCCGUUCCUGCUCCCGAAGACAACGUCGUUCACUCUUCCCCGAGUGAGAUUCCAGUCAAUACCGGCGUCCUCUACACGUGCAAGGAGGGCCACACCCUACAGUCGGGCAACGUGAUGAGACUGUGCUCUGAGGGGGGCAGCCUCCUCGGACAUCAGCCUAAGUGUGCACCUAUCCAAUGUGACGUUCCUGUACCCUCGUCUUGUGACAACGUUGAGACGCAGUCGGGGUCAAAGGUCGCCUAUAACGUCGAGGUGACCUACACGUGCCUUCCUGGCCACGCCCUCCUGGUUGGGGAUCUCUCCCGGCUGUGUACCGAUGGGGCGGUGCUCACAGGAAGAGCUCCCCGGUGUGAGAAAAUCCGGUGCAAUGUCCCUCUGCCCUCACCCGUCAGCAACGUUGUCCGCGAGUCCCCUUCGCUGGUGGAGGGGGGCACACAGGCCUACUACAGCUGCUUACAAGGGUUCACCCUCACCAACGGAGACUUGGAAAGGAUGUGCAGUUCUGAUGGUUCAUUGUUGGGCAAUCCUCCUAUUUGUACAGAGACAAAGUGUGUCGUGCCCCAGCCUUUAGAGGCAGACAACACUCAGCGUGUGUCCGCAGCAGAAGUUUCAAUCGGAUCAUACGCUGUGUAUGAGUGUACAGUAGGGCACGUGGUGUCUGGUCAGCUGAGGAUGGAGUGUCAGUCCGACGGCAAUCUGGGUGGAUCCCUUCCAAAGUGUCUGGGCGGAGUCUGUAGUGUGCGCUCUCCAUCGACUGACCAGCAUGCCCAGGUGGUAUCCGGUACCCAGGUUCCCCUGGCUACGGAUGCCGUGUAUCGCUGCGAUCUGGGAUAUACGCUGCAAAGCGGGAAUCUUGUCAGGGGAUGCCAGAAGGGUGGCGCCCUCUCUGGACAGGAACCACAGUGUGUUCGGAUAAGAGUGUGCGAGGAUCGACGGGAUGACUGCAGCCCUGUCCUGAAUGCUGUACCUGACAUGUGCAGUGCCUUCAUCAACUACAGCAGAGACUGUCCGGCUACUUGUGGCAACUGCAACUACAAUGACAUAACCUGCCCAGUGCCAACCCCCAGCUCAGGUGACAACGCUGUCCUUUUGAACACUACCACGGAGAUGUCCCCCGGUCAGGUAGCCGUGUACAGCUGCGACGUCAACAACUACCUUGUGUCCGGCAACCUCAACAGGGCGUGUAGGCUGGAUGGGACGCUGACGGGGAGCCAACCUAGCUGUUCAGACAAGUCAGCAACAACAUCGUGGGUGAACACCAUGCCGACCAUACCGUUACAACAACAGACUCCAAACAUCCCAUUCGUCUUCUUUGGAGCGUCUGAAUACUCCACGAUCCAGCAGUCUGGAGCCGUCAAGUGUUGGAGAACCUAUUGCCUCAAGUCGGGGGACAUCAGAUUUGUGGUGCUCAGACGGGCUGGAACGUUCCCUGCACACAGCUACACCGUCGUCGGCCAUAACAACGUCCGUUGUCGUGACGAUCGCGCAAUGACGUGGUGCAUCCCGGCACAGGAACAGAUACAUGUAAACGCCGGUGACAUUCUUGGCAUGGUCGACUUGGUAGGCGGGAACAUCGGCUACAUGGGCUGCUUCACUGCCAAGACUGGCGACAACUACGGAGAGUACAAUGGAUACAGCGCGGCAACCAACAUGGUGGCUGGUCAUACGUUCAAUGCAGUAACCGGCUACCAGAUGUGUGCCUUCGUGGGGGUCAACGCUCAGAUUGGUCCCCCUGGGCAGUGAGUGUACUGAGCUGCUCGGCGACUGCUUGAAAACACAUAAUCACUCUUUUCCAUUCAUGUGAAUGAUAUGGAAUGAUUAAAGCAAAUCUAACAUUAA